AUGCAGCUGUCCGCCAAGGUCCUUUCCGGCACCGUGCUACUAUGUUGCAUUGGUUGCAACGUGCUGCUUGCUGCUGCUACCGACUCCAACGACGAUGAAAUCACGGCCCGGCUGGAACGUGCCAAACGGUGGCUCAACUAUCCCAUCAACGGUGGGCUCGCCAAAGUGGUGCUCGGGUUGGUCAUACCCAUCCGGUUCCAUCAUCCGCUGCCACGCGUCAUCGUCAAUACGUACAAUUUGCAGGCCAACUACCGCAUACCGGCCACCAUCAUCUAUCCGCAUCCGGAGUCGGUGUUUCAAAACCGGGCACUCGAACGGCCGGCCGGCGAGGAUCAGAGCCGGCGGCAGCUGUACGCCCUGCUCGAGCAGGGCCUGUCCCGGGCGGGGCGGAAUGGGCGGGCGUGCCUGCUGCGGGCCGUCUGUGAGGUCGCCGAAAUGCCGCUCAAACACAACGGAUUGAUUGGCGAAAUAAUCGAUGUGAUUUUCACACCUUCAGCUUCGGACCGGCUCGAACCGGACUAUCUGCUGGCCCGCUCGUACGGCCAGCAAGGACGUGACUGCACCGCACAAUACACCGACUGUCCGGCUGGCCACGGUCUGUUCGACGGCAUUUCCUUUCUAGCGACACAACAACCGGCCCAAUUCGCUGGGGAAUAGUAGUAACACAACACCAUCCGAACACCUUUACUCCAACCCCCUCUCCCCCCGCACUGUGCCGUAUGUUUUGGUCGCUGAGCACACAGCACAAUAAAUUAUAGCUAGCAUUUGUCGCCGCCUGCUUAGGUGGUUUUGUGUGGAGCUCGCUAAUGUGUUGCUGCGACCGACGCGAACAAAAAGCUAACGAGCCCGUGUCCCGUACGCUGGUGUUGUUUGGGGUGAACCAGCGAACUUACGCCCCACUGUAUGCGUUGUUGUUGUGAACCCCCUUACUGGAGGUGAAAAAUUAAGGGGCGCAACUGGUCCAAAACUUUCAACAAAACUUCAACCAAAACUAAACAAUCUGCUAAAGCCUACCGUUAAAAGUGGACCGUUAAAAGGCACAACGAAAUACACGGUAGUGGAGGACGGCGGGACAAAGCGGGACAAGCAUACAAUCCC